UUCAUUGCAAUCAAAUUCGUUGUUGUGAACAGACAUAGUUGUUGUCGUGCGGUAAAAAAAUAACGGAUAUUGUUUUAAUAACAAAAACAAUUUGAAAGAAAACAAAAUACUUUUGUGAUUCAAAUACAAAGCGAACGCAAAUCUCUAUACAUUUUUCAGAUAAACUAAAAAUAAACUCAUUUUUGUAUUGAAACACCUACAUUUGCGCCAAACUCGUCGAAAUAACGUGCACCUACAUAUAUUGUAUGUUUAAACGUUUUCUGUAUCCUUAUUAUUCUUUGUAUCCUUAUUGAAAUCCAUUUACGCAAGUUUUCAUUGUGCCAGUGAUACUGUGUGCGUUUCCUCUGUUAUCCUUUUUAUUCCCGUCAUUCGUAUUCCAACGUGAUAAGGGUGUGUACUUGAUGACCUACCCACUGUAAAGUAAAAUUUUGUUGAAGUGAAAUAUCUGAAAACAAACAAGUGAAAUACUUGUGUACACCUGCAAGAGCAGCGAACCUCGAAAGAAGUGCAAGGUAAAAACGCAUAAGGAUAAACGCCCUGUUUUUCAGUGAACAACGAAACUGUUACGUUUCUUAUACACGCACAAAUAAUAUAAAUUUUUUAAGAAAAUAUAAAAAUAAAUAAAAAUGUCGGUAUCAUCAAAUGCUUCAUCUGCAUCGUCUUCCGUUACCGGUGUGCCCAUCAGUAAUGGCAGUGUCGGUGGCAGUAGACCUUCGCUAGGUCGUCCCGGCAGUUGCGACUCAUCCUCCGCAUGCAGUGAUUCGUCAGAGUUAACACACAUUUUAAAUCGCAGACAAGUGAUUAUGGAUUCACAGGAAGCAGGCAUUGAUGUGCCACAUCAAUUUAAAGUGGUUAAUGUCUACACCGAAUUCCAUGAGUUCUCGCGGAAACAAAUUAAGGAUUAUCAGAAAACCUUUAAUAAAUAUGACGUUGGUCAUGAUGGCUACCUCGAUCUGACCGAAUUGAAGUUUAUGAUGGAAAAACUAGGCGCACCCCAAACACACUUGGGACUCAAACAAAUGAUCGCCGAAGUUGACGAAGAUCACGAUGGUAAAAUUUCAUUCCGUGAAUUCUUGCUGAUCUAUCGCAAGGCACAGGCCGGUGAACUCGACAAUGAUUCGGGUCUCAAUCAAUUGGCACGUCUCACCGAAAUCAAUGUGGAAGAGGUCGGUGUUACAGGUGCGAAAAAUUUCUUCGAAGCCAAAAUUGAACAACAACUACGUUCGAAUAAAUUCCACGAUGAGAUACGGCAAGAGCAAGAGGAUCGACGUCGUGAGGAGGAAGAGCGUGCCAGUCGCCGUUUACAAUUCCAACAACGUGCAGCGAUUUUUCAAUAAAUAAAAAAUAAAAAAAUACACGAAUCGCAAUGCAUUGCACAGGGGAAUUUAAAAAUGGGAAGAGGGGAAAAUGAGAAACUUUUAUCAUCAUCACCACUUUGUAGUUUUUAAGUAAUCGGAUCAUUUUUAAGUAGAACAGUAAUGUACUGAAAGGAAGGUAAAAAGUAGUAAGUAAAAGUAGUCGAAGGAGUAAAACCAGCUGAAGACGAGCAGAAGUUUAAGCCACUCACACACAUCGCAUAUCGCAUAAAUAAUUUAUAAGAAACACAAUAUACAACUAAAAGAGUAAUAAUGAAGAAUUUUGUAGCAGACAGCAAGCUUACAUAUUUUUGGUCGAAAAAAAAAAUGUAAAAAAAAAAA